AUGCACCCAGGACAACAGGGCCCGCGCCGCGCAGCGCACCCAUGGACUCGUUCUCCAGCCUUCCUGGGUUUGGCCCUUCCGUUCCCUGGUCGCUCAAUUCACCCAGGUCCCAGGCCCCGAGGACCUGAGAACAGACAAUGGACAAAGAUUGCAGAGUGGCCGGUGGAGGGUCGAUGCCAUUGGCCGGGGACCAAGAGCCACGCAACACCCACUAAACUCGGCGACCAACUUCACAAGGCUGUCCGGAGGCACGAGGGACCGGUGCAAACUCCACGGGGUAAACGAAGGCGACGACAAAACACCAGAGCAUUCGGGUUUGAAGGGGAACGGGGAGGGGAGGAGAGGACAGGACAGGAUGGGCUGGAAGAGCGACAAGGCCCAGGACUUAACAAGUCACCGCAAAUAUGA